AUAGACAGAGGCAGACAGUGGUGAAAAGCAGAGGAAAUUAUAUUAACUUGGAUUGCUGUUAUUUUGCUGAGACAAGAUUAAUGGCAUUGUCAGAGGAUAAAAGAAAACAGUGAACAAUCAAGUAAAAUCAGGCCGUUUAAUUAUUUUGAUUUACUUGCAUCAUGGAAUUAAGGAUUGUUCAAAAGAAAAACAUUGAUUCGAUUGAUCCUUUGUUCAGCCAUGGACAGUCAAGGCCAUGUGAAUGCAAUUCUUGGAUUUGCCAAAAUUUUGGAGCAAAGAGGUCAUCAAGUGAUAAUGGCUCUGGCUCCUGGUUGGAAAGCGGCCAUUGAGAAACACAACUUCGAAUUCAUUCCACUGAAAUUAGCUUCAUCUGUAAAAGAGGAAAAAGAAGUCAAAGAUGAAAAGAAAGUUGGUGAUGAAAGUAAUGGUAAAGAUGAAGAAGCCAACUCAGUGAAGAAGGUAGAGGAAAAGAGCAACUCGAACGAUUCUAAGAUUGUUGAUUCGAAAUCUGAGAAUGAACCAUCAGUUAAUAAAGACAAGAAAAACUCGGAAGCACCAAACCAACAGUUGAUUGCGAUAAUCAAAAACCAGGUACAAGAUUUUCGUUUGAGGCCUAUGGAAGCGAUCCAGAACUCGGCACGAAAAAUAGACAUGUGGCUUGAUUGGUAUGAGAAGCAGUUUGCAUUUGACGAUGCUUUACAAGAAGUCAUGGACGCUGUUAAACCUGACAUGAUAGUUUUGGACUUUAUGCUAAGACUUCCAUGUCUGGAAAAAUCAUCAAUUCCUUGGGCACAGUUGUUCUCAUGUAAUCCAAUAAUGUUGUAUAAAGAUCACUGUCCACCAGCAACUACAGGCUUUCCAACAGAUAGUCCAAGAGAGCUUUGGAAUGAGUACAUUGCUUUAAGAGAAGUAGCAAACAAACCGAUUGUUGACUACAUAAAUAACUGGUUGACUAGUCGUGGAGUGCGUCCGUACGCAAAAGGUGAGAUGAUUCCAGUUGGUGAAUCGAAAUGGUUAAAUUUCUAUACCUAUCCAAGUGUCCUCGACUAUAAUGACAUCGCACCAAGACCAGCUAAAUGGGUACGAAUGGAUGGAUCUGUGCGAGAACCCGAUGAUAAAAAACCUUUUGUUUUACCAGAAAAAUUAGCUGGUAAACCUGGUUCGUUAAUCUAUUUCUCUCUGGGAUCAAUGGGAUCUGUUGAUUUAGAGCUGAUGAGACGAGUAAUAAGUGUUUGUGCCAAAUCACCUCAUCGUUUCAUCGUAUCCAAAGGUCCUCUUCAUGAGCAAAUUGAGUUACCUGAUAACAUGUGGGGUGAACGUUAUGUUAACCAAUUAGCUAUCCUUCCUCAUGUUGAUCUCGUUAUAACUCAUGCAGGAAACAAUACUCUAACUGAAAGUCUUUAUUUUGGUAAACCAGUAAUUCUGAUGCCACUCUUUUUCGACCAACUCGACAAUGCUCAAAGAGCUCAUGAAAAAGAUGUUGGUAUUCGUAUUGAUACUUACUAUUUCCAAGAUUCGGACCUUUUGGAUGCCAUUGAGAAGCUUUUAAAUGAUGAACCAUUGAAGGAAAAAUUGGCUGCAAUUUCAGCUUCUCUCAAAUCAUCAACCACAAAAGAAACUGUUUGUGAAUUGAUCGAGAAAACCGUUGCCUUGGGGAAAUCACCAUUUGAUGAUAAUCAAGUUAAACAAUAGUCAAGUGGAAUCGACCAAAAUUAUAGAAUUGAUUAAUCUCAUGGUGUUUUUUUUCCGUAAGAUUACAUUCUAUCAACUCAUUUAGGUGUUAUUUUCAUUGAAUAAUUCAUACAAUACAAAAAUACUGGUUUAUUUUAUUCUUUAUUUUAAUAUUUUGAAAGUGAUCACCUUUUACAAUAUCAAA